AUAUGACCAACGGACAACAUCUGUUGGAUCACACGGACCAUGAGCUAUGUGUUACUUCAGGUGAACACACAAAAUCAAAUGUUGAUGCUGAUUAUGAGGAUGAUUUAACUGAUCAAAGUUUUGCUGAAAACUUGGAAGACAACGAUGCAUCAACCAGCGCUGCAGGAUAUCAGGAAUUAGGGGGGAUGGGUGUCUUUAUGGAUGGGCCACAGAGUUAUGCAACUCAUAGUCCCAAUCUUGGUGAAGAAGAUGCAAUGAUUCCGGUCCGCCAACAACAAGACAAUGUCUCCAAUGAUGAGACUGAUGGAGAUCCUUGGAGGACAACCUUGUUUGAUGAUAUACAGCUGGACCAGGUUGAAACGAAUAAUGCAGGAGGUGAAGGGACUAAAGUAAAAAAGCAAAUUCAUACUUGGAAUUUGGAUCAAUAAACAACUGUUGAUGAAUGU